UGGGGCCAUGAGGCAUGUUGCUCACAUCCUCCAUGCUUAGGUAAAAGAGUAUUACGGGUAGAUAGAACCAAUGCUGGUAGCCUCUGUCUGAAAUGGGGAGCACCGGCAAGGUGUUAGGAUUCUUCAACAGGAGACAAAGUCUCUUCCCCAACUACAAAGUUAAAGGUUCUGACGUUAAUCGAAGAUCUUCGGAGAUUGUUUAUCCAUCAGCAAAGGAGAGCUGCGUGAGGACAUGGAACUCUUUGCAAGAGCUGAGCAAAGACAUCUAUGACAUCUAUGCCGAAUACGAAGAUGAAGAAGAUGAUGCCCAGCAUGGCAUCUCCAGACAGAUUUCCCCAUCCAAGAAUUAUACUAUCAACAUCAAUGUAGGUGGGACGCCCUUCCAAAUUGCCUACAAGAUGGCAGCCAGGUACCCCAAGACCAGAAUUGGACGACUGGCCACUUACACCGACCACAAUAUGAAACUGGACCUAUGUGACGACUUUAAUGUGACCAGCAAUGAGUUCUUCUUUGACAGAGACCCUGAUAUCUUUCACAGCAUCUUUAAUUUCUACCGCACUGGCGUAUUGUGGAUCAAGGACGAACUAUGCCCCCGCAACUUUCUGGAGGAGAUCAACUACUGGGGAGUGAGGAUCAAGAACACCCACCGUUGCUGCCGAAUCUCCUUCGAAGAGAGACAGGACGAGCUGAACGAACAGCUGAAGAUCCAGCGAGAGCUGGAAGCUGAGGUGGAGAUCGAGGAGAAUGAAGCACUCUUCCAAGACAUGUUCAUGGGCCAGAGGCGGCGAGCUAUCUGGAACUUAAUGGAAAAGCCAUUUUCUUCAGUCAAGGCCAAGCUAAUGGCAGUGACCUCCAGUCUGUUCGUCCUGAUCUCACUUGUUGCCAUGACAUUGAACACAGUGGAGGAGAUGCAGUACAGAGCUCACAUGGGGCAGCUCAGUGGUAAGACCUACUGGGAGUAUGUAGAAUCACUGUGCAUUGCCUUCUUCACCAUGGAGUAUCUGCUACGUCUGGUAUCCACCCCUGACCUCAAAGCCUUCAGCAGAAGUGUGCUCAACACUGUGGACCUGAUUGCUAUUCUGCCUCAGUACCUCCAGGCCAUCCUGGAAUUCUUUGACAACAAGGAAAACUACAUGAAGCAUGAGGCUGACAUACAAGCUGUGGGGCAGGUUGGAAAACUCGGGCAAGUCCUGCGUAUUAUGAGACUGAUGCGAAUCUUUCGCAUCCUGAAGCUAGCGCGACACUCCACAGGCUUGCGGGCAUUCGGCUUCACUCUGCGACAGUGCUACCAACAAGUCGGCUGCCUAUUCCUCUUCAUCGCCAUGGGGAUCUUCAGCUUUUCAGCUAUGGUGUACACUGUGGAACAUGACAUGCCGCAAACAAACUUCACCAGCAUUCCUCAUGCAUGGUGGUGGGCAUCUGUCAGCAUCUCGACGGUGGGCUAUGGCGAUGUUUACCCAGAGACCAUCCUGGGCCGUCUGUUUGCUUUCAUCUGUAUUGCUUUUGGAAUCAUCCUCAAUGGUUUGCCCAUUUCCAUUCUCUUCAACAAGUUCUCAGACUACUACUCCAAACUGAAGUCCAACCAGUACACAGCCUCCCUGAAGAAUCGAGGGAAAGUGAGGUUCGCCAAGAGGUCAGCACAGAAGCUCAACGACUGCUUUGGAAUAGGCCACCGCCAUGCAGACUAAAGAAAUUGCAUACAAUAAUACCUUUGGGAUAUUUGUCCAGAACAAUUUUUAUUACACUCAAGACAAUUUUUAAAACUUUGCUGCCUUAAGAAACCUGAAUAGAUGCAGAUAGAAUACCAAAUGCUGGAUAAAAACCUCAGGGCAGAUUAAUUUUCUAUUGUUGGGAGAAUCAUAAGGAUUUAUCAAUAUUUAAUUUUGUUAUUAUAACUAUUUUGAAACAAAGUAACUCUUUAAAAAACAACACUACACUGUCAUUGCACAGCCAAAUCUGUCAUUAUUAUAGUGAAAAAAAUCAGAAAGAAAACAUGGCAUGAAAGAGCAAUAAUAGCCAUUAAAAAAAUAAUUAUUGUCCUCUUUACCUGCUCCCAAAAAGCAAUUAUUGCAAUUUCAUCUAUAUUUCGCUCUUUUGCCCUUAAUCAUUUACAGUAUUUCUAAAUCAGUUGCAGUUUAUUCGCACAUCAUCAAAUACAGUACAUGAUCAUACGCUAGCAGUUCACAUGUUAAGAUGGGCGAAUAGGACACUCCAAAGAAGCUAUUCAAAGCUUUUAGCAGGGGCCCAGUUAGACAACACACACACACACGCACACACACACACAUUCGCACUCACACGGACACACACACACACAUACACACACAUACAAUUAACUGUGGAUAAUUUCAAAAUUUUGGUUACGUUGGAUUUGAUAUGAGACACCAGUAGUGUUAUUCAAAGAAUCAGCAUGUUAUUUAUACAUUGCUAGGAGAUGAGUUUUGAGUUUUUUCUUAAAGAUGGAGAUGGAAUGUGACAUUUUAAGUGUUUCGUCCAGUUCAUUCCAAAUCUGUGGUCCUUUGCACACAAUGCUAAAGCUUGUACACUUUAGCCUUCGUUUUUCCCCUGUGAUUUGAUGUUUUCUUCUGGUAGUAUAUGUGUGUUGAGGAGUACAGACUGGGAUGAGGUCACCUAAUUUAUACUGUAGCCUAUAGAUAGUCUGAUACAUUACACACGCAUUUUGGUAAUAGUUGUGGUCUUUAAGCCUCAGAAGGUGGUGGCGGUGAAAAAUUAUUUUAGUUGGAGCAUUAAACUCAGACCAUGUCAGGGCACGUUUAACUUUUUUCUGUAGUAUUUCAAGCUUUUUUAUAUAAGUUGGAUAUGUGUUGCACCAUAUGACAUUACAGUAUUGUAAGUGUGGUUCAAAUAAAGAUUUAUACAAAAUGAGAAGUGCAGAGAGUGGGAGAUAGUGUCUCAAUUUAAAGAAAAGAGCAGCAUAUUUUGCCAGUUUAUUUGUAAGAUCAUCAAUAUGUUUUCUAAAAUUAAGGCACUCAUCAAUACGGACUCCCAAAAAUUUUGUAGAGUCGCCACUUUCAAUGUUUUCUCCGUUUAUAUUUAGGCAGAUUUGUUUAGUGGCUUGUUUUUUAUGGGAGCGAAACACAAUGUAAUUUGUUUUAUUGAUAUUUAGAGAUAGUUUAUUACAUUUCAACCAUGUGUCUAUUUUCUUUAAUUCAUUAUUUAUGAUUUGCUCUAGUGCAGUUGGAUUUUUAUGGGAAAAAAACAAAUUUGUAUCAUCAGCAAAUAUUACCUUAUGUAAAACGGAUGUGGAAUUAACAAAAUCAUUAAUAUACAGGUUGAAGAGGAGCGGCUCUAAGAUGUAGCCCUGGGGGAUUCCAUGUUUGAUGAGUUUGUAUGAUGAUUUAGAAUUGUUAAUGUUGACAUACUGAUGUCGUCCAGACAGAUAACUACGGAACCAGUCUAGUGCUAGGCCUCUAAUCCCAUAACGCUGCAGUUUAUUGAUGAGUAUUUCAGUGUUAAUGGUGUCGAAUGCUUUGGAUAGGUCUAAAAAAAAUGCCAACUCCAAAGUCACCUUUGUCGAUUGCAUCAUAGACUUUUUCUGUUAAGUCAAGUACUGCCAUAUAUGUAGUAUUUUCUUUUCUGAAUCCAUAUUGUGAUGGGACAAUGAUGUUUAGUUUGUCUAGAUAGUUAUUGAGUUUGUUGUGGACUACUCUUUCUAAAACCUUCGAGAGGUUAGGCAGAACUGAUAUUGGCUGGUAAUUGCUCAGAUCAUUUUUAUUCCCAGAUUUAAAGAUUGGUAUGAUUCGUGCAAUUUUUGCGAUUUGGGGCACCACUCCAGAGAGCAAAGACAGAUUGAUGCAGUGGGUUAGAGGUGCAGUGAUAAUGUUGGAGAUACUUUUCAGAAUUUUAUUGGAUAUUCCAUCUGCUCCAGCUGAGUUUGACUUCUUCAUAUUCAUGAUUAUUUUAUGUACUCCACCACAAUUAGUUGGAUUCAGAAAAAAUGAGCCCAGGUAGUUGCCUGAUAAACAGUCUCUAAAGGAGGCAUUUUGAGGCUGACUGAUUUUACUAGAGAUGCUGCUACCAAUAGAGACAAAACAAUCGUUAAAUUUGUCAGCAAUGUAUUUGUUACAUGGGAUAGGCUCUAGCACCCCAGCGAGGUUCAGCGGUUCAGAAGAUGAAUGAAUAUAUUUAUCAUUGUUUGACACAAGGGUGUAGGUUUGCAUAGGGACGGUAGGGACAAAACCGACUUUUCACGAUGCUCAAAUUGUCCCCACCAACUUUUAAGCAACCUUCUUUGCAUUAUAUAAUGUGUUCAGUUAUAUAGGUCAUUUAGCUUGUCUUCCCAUAUGUUGUAACGAUAGAAUUGACCCUACCGUUAAUAAGUGAAUUAUUUUCAGACUUACAUUUACCCCUUUUUUACUUGCUGAAUGAGCCAGUCCAUGUUUUUUUUUUCCUCAAAUGCACGUUAGACUGGCUGAUGAGUUGACCCCCAAUCCUCUCCACACACACGCACACUCUCUCACAGUACAGAAUUACGUUACAUGUCGACAUGCCGCCUCCUCCGCCCGCUUCGAAGAGGACGGAUAUUAGAAUUAUUUUUUUCAGCCAGCAGCCGCUAUAAGUAAUGUGAAAAGUCAUUGUUGUGAAGGUGGGAAACACACCACUAAUUUUGCUACUGAAAGUCCGACCUGCAUCACAGUUUAGCAUUACCAUUACAUUAAACUGUGUGAACUUGCUAACCUGAGUGGGAAACUGCUUAGGAGAAGUGUCCUCCUGUAUGUGUUUUCUACUAUGUUAACGUUAAUUAAACUGUGAGAAAUACAGUGAACUCUGUUAAGCUGUAAGAAAUGUAGUGAACCAAGGUUUACUCCCUUCUCCCCAGUUUUCAUUUUUAUUUUGCUUAUUUGGUCUUAAAGCAACCCAAAGGAGCUUUCAUUUUUUGUUAAGUUUGGCUGUGCUUGUGGACAAAAACAAUAGUGUUUCUCCUGAAGGAAGGCUCCAUUAUUUAUUUUAGUUAUUCCCUGACUAUGAUUUUUUUUUUUUGCUAUAUUUAAUUUAUUUAAACAGACAAUUAUGAGUGGUAUUAAGACAAGUGUUAUUUUUUGCAUUCCUGGAUACUUACGAGAUGAUUAAUAAGUUUGUAUUUCUUGUGUAUGUUAUAUUAUUUGUGUUCAAAUAAUGUAAUUUAGUUUUUUAAAUAAAAUCCAGACAUUUAUUCUUGGAAGUCUUCAAAAUGUUUCUUUAGUAGCUUUUGAAAAAAAAAGUUUUGAAUCUAACAGUGUAUCACCUGAACCAAUACAUAUGCACUGCAAAAACCUACCUCCUUAAAACUGGAAAAUAAAUAAAUAAAUAAAUAAAUAAAUCCCGUUUUCAGUGUAAAUAAGUGAAAUUAUCUUCCAGUGCUUCAAGUAAAUUUUACUCAGAUUUCUUGAAAUAAGAAAAAUAGCUAGCUGAAAAUAAGCUUAAAGACUUAUUUUAAGCAAAAGGUUUGUAUAUCUAAUCUUGAAUGAGAUACUGUAGUGCCUUUUCUCGUAGGCACCGUCUAACUGUUUGCAUUACUCUAACACACACAAUAUAAAAUAAAUAGCACUUAUACCAUAGUUUAAGGAAAACAAGCAGAAUAUCGGGCAUAAAAGUUAUACGACGCCUUCUUAUCACGGAAGC